AUGUCAGAUCCCUGGAACGCCAAGAAAUACACAGAGGACGCGGCGUUUGUGCCUCAGCUCACCUCUGUCGUGCAGCAAUGGCUCGAUCCGCAAUCUUCAGACUCCAUCCUUGACAUUGGAUGUGGAGACGGCAAGCUGACCCAGGAUCUCAGCAAGCGGUGCGAGUCCAUUUUCGGAAUUGACAACUCGUCCAACAUGGUCGAGCUCAGCCAAAGCCGCGGUCUCAACGCCGAGGUGGUGGACUGUUCAAAGCUCGACCAGUGGAACCACUCUCACAAGUACUCCAAGGUGUUUUCCAACGCCACUUUCCAUUGGAUUUUGUCGCAGACUAAGACGGAUUCCCAGCGAGUGGCAGUAUUCAAGAAGAUCCACCACCUGCUCCAGCCCGGAGGCACCUUUGUGUGUGAAAUGGGCGGGUUCGGAAACGUGGCCGAGAUCCAGGCCGCUUUCAUUAUGGCCGUGGAGAAGUUUGGAAACAAAACCGUUGAGCAGGCUGCUGCUGCCUCGCCAUGGUACUUUCCCCAUGAACAUGUUAUUGCAAAAUUUCUCCAGGAAGCGGGCUUUUCGGUCGAGAAGAUUGAGCGAGUCUACCGAUCUACUGAGCUCGCCGAAGGCGAGGGGCUUCGAAAGUGGCUGGAGUUGUUCGGAUUCAACUUCCUGAGCGAGAUUGAUGAAAGCAAGCGGUCCGCGGCUCUUGAUUACAUUGUCGAUACCCUCAAGACCACCAACUACGAACCUCAUUCCAAAAAGUGGUAUGCGGGUUACGUUAGAUUGAGAUGGGUUGCCCGAGCCAACUGA